UCAAGGAAACAAAUACUAGCAAUAAAUACUGCUAGCAAUUUUCUAUGGCUACUUCAAAUAGCAUUUUCAGAAAAUUGGAAAAAGAAGAAGCAGAAAAAGAAAAAGAAAAAAUGGCUAGCUCUAAAUCAUCGGCUUUUGAAACAAUUGAGCAGGAGGAAUUGGUUGAGGAGCCUAUGAGGAAUAUGCCACCAUGGCUAGGUCCCUUUUUGAAGAAGACAUAUUUUGGGUCAUGUUUGGUGCAUGAUGAACUCCAAAAGAAUGAUCUGAACAAGUAUUGUAUCACAUGUGAUUUAGAUUUAUGCAGGUAUUGCAUCUCCACAGACAAACACAAUGAUCAUGAGCUGCUAAAGAUUCAUCGACAUGUUUAUAAAGAUGUUGUUCCUCUCGAACAGAUGGAGAAUCAUAUUGAUUGUGCCAAAAUUCAGCCAUACAAAUGCAACAAGAAAUGGGUAAUCGCAUUGAAUCCAUUACCACAUUGUGGUUCAGGCUCUCUAAUUGCUGGAGAUCCAACUUGCUACACUUGCAAAAGGAGGUUGAAUGACCCUGGUCAGUUUAGCUUCUGCAGCAUUGCAUGCCAGGUGGAAGCCGUAUGUAGGAAGUAUGGGAUUAGUCUUGGUGCAAUUGAGAUGAAGCGCAAGCGCAAGAGGAAGGGAAUUCCUCGCAGAGCUCCUUUUCAAUAAAGAUGCUUUAAUUUGAUCAUUUUAAAAUACUUGCUAGAAGUACUUUCAACUGUGACUUAUGUUGAUACUAGAAAACCGUAUGCCUUUUGAACUAAUUUUAUUUUAAUACUUGGAAACUUUUUAUGCAUGCAUGUCAUGGUGGUUAAAGUUGUUGACCUAUGAACGGGAGGUAAUGGGUUCAAGUCGUGUAAACAACCUCUUGCAUAAUCACAUUCUGGAGAAGGACACUAGUUUGUUUUUUUUUUUAUUACAAACGACCUGAAAAAGUAACAGUUGUACUUAUUUUUGUCAUCAUCAUUUGAAAAUUUAUUUGUUAUAUCCAUAUCGAUAACUGCAC